UACCAGGCACAAUAACCUAAAAGAAAGCAGCACGUAAACAGCUGCAUCGUCUAGUGCAACAAGGAUUAUUUUAUUAAUUUGUUUGUUAAGCAUUUAGUUUCGAGUUUAUCUUCCGAAAUCAAUACCAAAUAAAAAUAAAAAUGAGCAGAAACUAUAAGGAAGAUCAAGCCAAUGAAAUUGAGGCGCUGGAAUCCAUAUACUACACCGAAAUGGAAUUGUUAGAAAAGGAACCCUCCUACAAAUUCAGUAUAACUAUAGCCACAGAAGAAUACAACGCUGAUGAAGAGGCUGAUGGUAUGGCAUGCAAACUUGUUUUCACGUACACACCUAAUUAUCCCGAUGAGGCACCUGAAGUGGCCAUUGAAGACCCAGUAAAUAUGGAAGAGCUCUACGAAAGAAAACUAUUAGAACAUAUGAAACAAGUGAUCGAAGAAAAUAUUGGCAUGGAAAUGAUAUUUUCAUUAGUGAGCAGUGCACAAGAAUGGUUAAAUGAACGUUGGGAUGAUCACAAAUUGCAUGAAGAGGAAGAACGGACGAGAAAACUUUUGGAAGCUGAAGAAGCGGAACGUAAGAAAUUCGAGGGUACACGUGUUACUGUUGAAUCGUUUCUAAAGUGGAGAGCGGAAUUCGAAGAAAGCACAGGCAUCGCCGCGAAACGUGAGAAGAAUAAUGACUCAAAAAAAUUGACCGGCAAGGAACUAUUCAUGUGUGAUACUACACUCAACGACUCAGAUAUUAAAUUCUUGCUUGAAGCUGGUGAAUCUAUUGAAAAUGUGAAAAUAGAUGAGACACUCUUUCAAGAUAUCGGUGACCUGGAGUUGGAUGAUGAUGACUCAAAUGAUGAAGAUUGGGUACCUGGAGCUGAUGAUUAGAUAAAAGAAUUAUACAUACUCAAACAUAAAUAUUAGUUGAAAAAACGAGUCGAAUACAGUCGCUUACACAUUUAUUAAAUAGAUUAUAUUUCCCUGUAUCGGCAAUUGAAAAAAUUAUUUGCGGCUAACACGAUAAUCGUUAUAAUAAGAAUCCUUUUAUGAAAAAAUGC